AUGGCACUGCUGUGUGGCUAUGAGGAACCAUUUGACAUCCUGUGGAUGAGUUCAGGGGUGGAGGUGGAUGCAGAGGUGAAUGCUGUCCAACUGCCAUGCAAAACUAUAACUCACCUGCCUGAAGAUGCUAAAGUGGAGUGGAGCAACAGUAAAGACAAGACAAUCCACCUGUUUGAGAACUCCUCCGACCAGCAUGACGAGCAGCACUGGUUUUACAGACAGCGGACAGAGAUGAAGAAACGCCCGCUGAAGGCUGGAGACCUCAUCUGUCAGAUGGAGGUGAAAGAUGGGGAGGAGUCAAUCCAGCUGCCCUUCAAAUCCACAGGUGACCUCCCCGAUGACAUCAGAGUGAAGUGGUGGCGAGAUGACCCUGAACCAAUGAUGAUGGUCCACGUGUAUCAGAACAAAUCAGAUCAGCCUGACAAACCGGACGAGGAGUACAGAGGCCGAACAGAGACGAGCAAAAAGCUGCUGGAGACAGGAAACUUCAGCCUGACCCUUAAACAUCCAACAGUCAGCGACACGGGAAGAUACCGCUGCAGAGUCGACAGCAGGAACAUCUGGAGAGAGAAGACCGUGCUGCUCAAAGUCGGAGGUCAGUAUGAAGGUUUAUUUACAUAA